GCUAAUGGGAGCCAUCUUCCUCUAUGCUGCCGCUGUCUUGUGAUCUUGACGAUCUUUUUUUUUCUUUCAUGUCAAUACGUUUUUAUCAGUCCGAUGCCCAAGCACCUGCCUGGGACAGACUAGAUUCAAGCUGAUUUCUCGAACACGUUAUUACAAAUUGGAAGGCGGUUAGAAGCAUGCAGUCUUCCACUCCGGUCUUCGAGCGGCAGUAGGGUCCUGCUACGUCUCCCAGUGUUCCUCGGAUGAGAUCUGAGUUGGAGUCUUGGCGUUGUUUUACUCAACUGGGUGGUCUGGACGUCUUUUUCUGGAUACCCCCAAGUAGAUCAAUUAGGCGUUUAAUCGAUUCUUUUAUUUGUCGAAUAUAUCUUUCUUAGAUGUCAUUAUUUCGGAUGCUGCGUAAACACGGGUUUCGCCCAAUUUCGCCCGAUGCUGGCAUUUACGCCCGAUACUCUUGCAUUCGCUAUUCUUGUAUUCCUUUGAGUCAUGAUCAUAAUCGUCCUUAUUUCCAUGUUUAUCUGGAGUGGAGCUGUGCCUCGUUGACCGCUACUUUGUUGUGCCAAGCCCUCGAAUCAAGGACUUUACACAAUCUCCGACCGCACCACAAUGCAAACAUGUCCGAUGCUCGAUAUCGGUGUGCCGACCGUAUAACCAUGCGCCCUUUGCGGUAUACUGCCCGCUCACGUGAAUCCCGAAUUCUUGCAUUUUUUUUCUCUGCACUAGAAUACUUGGGACCAAAAACCCUGGUCAUCAACUCCAAGUCAAACAGCCGUAUUCUUUACCUACUCACUGAUCCCACCAUUACCUCAAAGAGUCUGCAUUCUUCCCAUUCGCUGAUGCGUGGUAGGUGCCAGCAUUGCGUCCAUCCUAUCCUCUUCUCCAUGUCUCAACAUGCAAUGAUCCCUCAGCAUACCUUCACAGCGGAAAGGAUGUCAAACAUUAGGCUCAGCUGAGAACUCAAGUUUUCGUCACGAGCGGGAGGAUGCCUCACCGGUAUUCCUGUCAAGCACAGGUUGUGGGGAGCCGCAGCAGUCAGAG